AUGUCUCACAACUUCCAAACCCCGCCACCCCAAUCGUCCAUCUUCACCCUCUCCUUUCCAUCGCCGCACAUCCUCCUCGUCACAAUCAAUCGCGAAAAGCGCAUGAACGCCAUCCCAACGCAAGGCCACAAAGACGGGUACGCGAUCUGGAAUUGGUUCGACGAGGAACCGUCUCUGCGCGUAGGAAUCAUCACAGGAACUGGGGGCAAGGCGUUCUCCGCGGGCGCGGAUUUACUCGAGCAGCUGGAUAUAAGGACUCAAACCGACUCGGCUGGGAAGAAUGCAGGCGGCGGCGGCGGAGAACAGAGUGUGAGACGGGAGCCCAUGCCUAAUGGCUUUGGGGGGAUUUCGCAGCGCAGGGGGAAGAAGCCCGUUAUUGCAGCCGUUAAUGGCCUGGCGCUGGGUGGGGGGUUUGAGAUUUGUUUGAACUGUGAUAUGGUUGUUGCCUCCCCCAAAGCUGAAUUCUCCCUCCCUGAAGUCCAGCGCGGUUUAUAUGCGGGCGCGGGAGGUCUUGCGCGGAUCAUAAGAACCGUGGGCAUGCAAGUUGGCACCGAGCUGGCUCUUACAGGGCAACGGAUAAGUGCGCAGGAAGCCAAGUCCUUGCGGUUGAUCAACCAUGUGUCAGAGGCUCCAGAGAAGGUCCUGGGUGACGCGAUUGAGCUUGCGAACAGGAUUGCAGAUGUCAGCCCGGAUGCGGUGAUUGUUUCUCGGUAUGGACUGAGGGAGGCGUGGGAGACUGGGUCUGUCGAGCAGGCGAGCCGGGCUACAGCUGAGCUAUAUGGGCAGAAGUUGAUCAAGGGGGAGAACUUAAAGAGAGGAUUGCAGGCGUUUGCGCAGAAGCAGAAGCCGGAGUGGGUUGGUUCAAAGCUUUAG